AAAAGCAAAAAAAACAAAAAAAAAAGCAAAAAAAAAGGCAAAAUUCACAAAUUCUUUCUGCCCCUUUGUUGUUCAUUCACGGAAUCCUUCGGCCUACAGGAGAGGGACCUGCAUGGCUGGGAAGAGCAGAGGCUGGGCUGGACGUGGCCAGGGUUACUUUUAAGCAGGAGCUGUCAGAGCUGAGCCAGGAGAAGCCUUUGAGUUCCUGCCCAGGCUGGAGCAGGAGAGCCCUGGGAGGAGCAAACCCUGAGUAGGGAGUGAGGAUCUGCAGCAUGUCCAGCCAGGGGGACGACUGCUACUUCUACUUCUACUCCACCUGCAACAAGGGUGACUCGUGCUCGUAUCGGCACUGCGAGGCGGCGCUGGGCAGCGAGACCGUGUGCACGCUGUGGCAGGAGGGGCGCUGCUUCAGGAACGUCUGCAGGUUCAGGCACAUGGAGAUCGAUAAAAAGCGCAGUGAGAUCGCCUGUUACUGGGAGAAGCAGCCCGGGGGCUGCCAGAAGCACAACUGCGCCUUCCACCACACCAAGGGCAGGUUCGUGGAUGGGCUCUUCCUGCCCCCCAGCAAAACCUCCCUUGCCAGCCCCGCCGAGGCCGCCGAGGACGAGGUGAAGUUGGUGCAGCUGCAGCAGAGCAAACUCUCGGUGCAGCCCAACCCCUGCCCCCAGCUCAGGGGGGUGAUGAAGGUGGAGAAUUCUGAGAAUGUGCCCAGCCCCACCCACCCCCCCGUGGUCAUCAACGCUGCAGAUGAUGAUGAGGAUGAUGAUGACCAACUUUCUGAAGAAGGAGAAGAAACCAAAACCCCAGUGCAGCCCCCGGCCCCAGAGAGCCACAACGGGCUGAGGGUGAUUUCCACCAGGAAACCCAACCCCAGUGCAAAGCCAGAUGACAACUUAAAUUUUGGAAAAACCUUGGAAGAGAUCAAACUGAAGAAACUCAAGGAAAAAGCCAAAAAACAAGGUGAGGUCCCUUCAGGAGUGGCUGUGGAUCCUCUCCAAGCCAGGAACAUUCCUGUGCCAGAGAAGGAAAAUGUCAGGACAGUGCUGAGAACUGUGACCCUCUCCUCCAAGGAAGGGGAGGACCCUGUGAUCCAGCUGAACCUUCCCGACAGGCUGGGGAAAAGGAAAACCCUCAUGGGUGGGAAGACGUUCCUUCCCCUGAGGAGGAGCGUGGCAGACAGGCUGGGCAGGAAGGCGGAGCUGCAGCACAACGCGGACAAGGCCCCAAAGAGAGGCACAGUUCAAGUCCUGAAGUCCCUGAAGGAGAGGCUGGGGCUGCCCUCUGAGCAGAGCAGCGCUGAGACAGACAAAGCUGCCAAACCCAUCGAGGAGAUCAGAGUGAAAACCCUGGAGGAAAUCCGCCUGGAGAGAGCCAAGCAGAGGAGAGCAGGGGAACCCCCGGCCAAAAUCCCAGCAGAAGGAAGGAAAACCGAAGAUCCAAAUUCAGCAGCAAAACCUUCCCCUGCCGCUCGCAGCAAAUCCCUGGUGGGAGCCUUGGUGGAAAAAAACCACAAAAGGUCGGGAGAGGAGAAGGAGAAAGCCGAGGAGUUGAGCAGCAGGGCCAGAAGCGAGGGAGAUGCCAGGAGACAGAACAUCGGUGCCCCAGCUGCGGGCAGGGUGCAGCUGGCAGAGGCUGGCAGAGCCAGGGGAGCUGCAGAAGUUCGGAUCAAAACCCUGGAGGAGAUCAAGAGGGAGAAGGCGCUGAGGCUGCAGCAGAGCGGGGAGAACGUCCCGGCCGGCCCCGGGCCUGCCGAGGCUGCGGCGAGGGGCAGGAAACUGCUGAGGGUCACCAAGCUGCUGGCACCUGGAAGAGAAGAAAAAAUGAUUGUGGAGCUGAACAAACCUUCCCCCAAAAGUGGCUCUGCCCCUGCUGAGAAUUCAGGGAAUUCUGGAAUUCAGGUGAAGAGCCUGGAGGAAAUCAUGUGGGAGAAACGGCAGCAGAAACAGCGGCAGGAGGAGAAGCUGCAGCAGGGAGCUGGGGCAAAUCCAGCUGAAACCCAGGAAAAAAGCCAGGAUAAAAACCAGGAAAAAAACCAGGAAAAACCCCCAGGAUCAGGGAGCCCCGAGGCUGCUGUGGGGUCAGCCCAGCUGGGCAGGAGGAGAGGAGGAAAAACCCCCGAGGAUGGAGCGGGAACCCCAGAGAAGGAGCCGGGGAAAAAGGGAGCUCAGCUGCCCGAGAGGAGGGGCAGAGCCAAGUCCAGAGUGUCCCUGAAGCCUCUGGAUGCCAAAGCCCCUCCCAAGCAGCCCCUGAAGAGGAAGGGCCCCGAGGGCCACCCCCCUGCUGUGGUGGCAGUGAAGCCACUCAGUGCCACCAGCGGGGACACCCAGGGGUCCCCAGCCAAGGUUGUUCCCCCUUCUCCUGAGGACAGCCUGGGCUCCAACCCUCGGAGGGAGAAUUCCCAGAACAGCCCUGAGCUGCAGCCUGGCACCCAGGGCGAUUCCCUGGCACAGUCAGAGGUGUCUGGAUCUUCCUCCUCAUCCUCCUCAUCCACAUCUUCCUCCUCCUCCUCCUCCUCCUCGCUGGAGGCUCCCCUGAAGCUGCGGCGCCUGAGCUCGGCCGGCGGCGCCAAGGCCGCGCUGUCGGUGGAGGACGACUUUGAGAAACUCAUCUGGGAAAUCUCUGGGGGAAAACUGGAGGCAGAAAUCGACCUGGAUCCAGGCAAGGAUGAGGAUGAUCUCCUGCUGGAACUGUCGGAGAUGAUUGACAGCUGAGAGGGGAGGUUUUGUUGGAAAAAAAAAAACGGGGAAAAAAGACGCGACACCAAAAAAAAAACCCACCCUGAAAAAGCAGAAUUUUCUCCUCACCUCCCACAAAAAUCCUGUAAAUGUUGUUGGAUCUGUGGAGGAGACCCUGCCCCAGCUGGAAGCACAGUUGGAUUGUUAGGAUUAGGCAGAGUCUGCUCUCUGUUAUCCCAAAAUUCCGGGCUGAGGUUGUCCCCCCAUGGGACAGGACAGAGCACUUGGAACGCCCUGAGGGGCCACAGAUCCCAUCUCCAGAGCUCCCUCCUGGACAGAAAAUCCCAAAAAAAUCCCUGGAGUUACUGUGUCAACUCUGGGAGCCACGGAUGGACUCGCAUUUGGGGGGAAUUCAGGGAAAAAGAGGCAAAAUCUGAGCAGGAUUUUGGACCAAAGCCUGCCAGGGUGAGCCUGGCUUGUGGGAUUUUUUCCAUGGGGGAAAGCAAAAAUUCCUCCUGGGAUUUGGGAAAAGGAACAUUGCUUCAAGUGCCUCUGGGUUCUGAGGAUUUCUCCCUGCAAUGAACUUCCCACAUCCAGCUGGGAUCAUUUUGGGAGGGAAAAAAGAAAAAGCACC